AUGGGUGUGAGCUGGCCACAUGAAUAACCUCAAUUAGAGAUCUUGACUCGGAAAAUGCAUCGUUAUUCCAAGUCUGAACUUGCUGGACGUCCACCUGACUGUCUCAUUGGUUCAGUAGGUGGAGCCACUCUUCCUCAUUAGAAUAAAGUAAACGGAUUCAACUCAAUUAUAAAUAGAAAAAAAAUAUAUGCCCUCCACCACUGAGGGCUGUAGAGAGUGACAACUAGCUGGAGGACUCGUGAGAACUGCUGGAGCAUGAGUUCCAAGUCAAAACCCAUAGGGAUCAUCGGAGCUCCUUUUUCAAAGGGCCAGCCACGAGGAGGGGUGGAAGAAGGCCCUACAGUAUUGAGAAAGGCUGGUCUGCUUGAGAAACUUAAAGAGCAAGAAUGUAAUGUGAAAGAUUAUGGGGACCUGUCCUUUGCUGAAGUCCCUAAUGACAGUCCCUUUAAAAUUGUGAAGAACCCAAGGUCUGUGGGAAGAGCAAAUGAACAGCUGGCUGACGUGGUGGCAGAAGUUAAGAAAAGUGGACGGACAAGCCUGGUACUGGGUGGAGACCACAGUUUGGCGAUUGGCAGCAUCUCUGGCCAUGCCAGGGUCCACCCGGAUCUCUGUGUCAUUUGGGUGGAUGCCCACACUGACGUCAACACUCCCCUGACAACCACCACUGGGAACCUGCAUGGACAACCUGUGUCUUUCCUCCUGAAGGAACUAAAGGGAAAGAUCCCCGAUGUCCCAGGAUUCUCCUGGGUGACUCCCUGCGUGUCUGCCAAAGAUAUUGUGUAUAUUGGCCUGAGAGACGUGGACCCUGCAGAACACUAUAUUUUGAAAACUCUGGGAAUUAAAUACUUUUCAAUGACUGAAGUGGAUAAAUUAGGAAUUGGCAAGGUGAUGGAAGAAGCACUCAGCUAUCUACUAGGAAGAAAGAAAAGGCCAAUUCAUCUGAGCUUUGAUGUCGAUGGACUGGAUCCGUCUUUCACACCAGCUACUGGCACACCAGUCCAGGGGGGUCUGUCUUAUAGAGAAGGUCUCUACCUCACAGAAGAAAUUUACAAAACAGGGCUCCUCUCAGGACUAGAUAUCAUGGAAGUGAACCCAUCUCUGGGAAAGACACCAGAAGAAGUAACUCGAACAGUGAACACAGCAAUAGCAGUAACCUUGGCUUGUUUUGGAGUUGCUCGGGAGGGUAACCAUAAGCCUAUUGACUACCUUGACCCCCCUAAGUAAGUGUGGGAGCAUGGAAACCUCCCAAUGACAUAAUUAGCAAAUCUAAUUGUUCGGUUAAACUUAAGAGUUAUCCUCCCAAAGAUCUGGGCUUUCAGGAAAGUGCCUUGGCAAAAAUUUGUAUCAUCAGUAUAAACUGUAUCAAUUCCCUCCUUCAAGACAUGGAAGAGCUAACUUUUGUGAAAUUAAAAAGUUUAUAAUCCC